AUGAUCUUUGGCACUGAAUCUACCCAAGUGGAUGUUUACGAGGGUAUUUCUGCCCCUCUGAUUGAUUCCGUGAUUAAUGGUUACAAUUGCACAGUUUUUGCUUAUGGUCAAACAGGAAGUGGAAAGACCUAUACAAUGGAAGGGCGUCAUGAUACUUCCGAAGACUUCGCAUGGAACACUGAUUCAACAGCCGGAAUGAUUCCGCGAGCUCUUCAGCAAAUUUUUUCUGUACUUGGCGAGGAUAUUGACUACACUGUGCGCGUUGGUUAUGUAGAGAUUUACAAUGAACAAAUUUUUGAUUUGCUGAAUCAGACUGAAUCACAAUUGGAAUCAUUGAGAAUUUUUAUGAUAAAACUAACACUAAGGGAGUAUAUAUUGAUGAUGCCGAGGAGGUGA